GAGCUUGUACUUACAGAGUUAUUAAGACUCUAAUAAGAUUACAAACUUCUGUGUCUUGCUCUAGCUCGCUCUAAUAUUCACCAGCUUCCUGCUUGAUCAAAACCAAUGAAGCUUCACAACCCCAAUUUUCCUACCUUAUGCUCUACAUUCCUUCAUAUCAUUCUACUCUUUACUAUAACCCUACUAUGCUUGCAAUCUGCCACUUCUUCUGCCGCUCCAACAAAUGAGACUGAUUAUUUGGCCUUGCUCAAAUUUAAAGAAUCCACUGAUACUAACCCAAAUGGAAUCUUGAAUUCAUGGAAUGAUUCUAUCCAUUUUUGCAACUGGCAUGGUAUUACAUGCAGCCGCCUCCAUCAAAGAGUCAAGGCCUUGGAACUUCAAGGCUAUAAUUUGCAUGGAACCAUUACACCUUACAUUGGCAACCUCACCUUUCUUAGGGCCAUCAACCUCCAAAACAACAGCUUGUAUGGUGAAAUUCCAAAGGAAGUCGGUCAUUUGUUCAGACUCCAACAUCUCAAUCUUUCAAAUAACUCACUGAGAGGAGAAAUUCCAGCUAGCUUGUCCAACUGCACCGAACUCAGGGUGUUGACCAUCUUGUGGAACAAACUUAUUGGGAAAAUCCCCAUGGAGCUUGGCUCUUUGACCAAGCUUUCUGCUCUUGGAGUUGCUGCAAACAAUUUGACAGGAGGAAUCCCCCCUUCCUUGGGAAAUCUUUCUGGCACUCUUCCAGCAAACUUAGGCCUCACUCUUCCAAAUCUCAUACAGUUUACAAUAGGUGCUAAUGAAUUCUUUGGGCCAAUCCCUUCUUCCUUAUGCAAUGCAUCUCGGCUUCAAACACUUGAACUAGGAAAUAACAGCUUUUCAGGAUCAGUUCCGAAAAAAUAUGAAAAGAAAUCAUCUUCUAUAGUCUCAAAUAUGGAUCUCCUUCCAACAAUUUCAUACAAAAUGCUUCAUCGAGCAACUAAUGGAUUUUCUCUCAAUAAUUUGAUUGGAUCUGGUAGUUUCGGAUCAGUUUACAAAGGAGUUCUUAAUCAAGAAGAAAUGUUAGUUGCAAUAAAAGUCCUAAACCUUCAAACUAAAGGAGCUACCAAGAGUUUUGUGGCAGAAUGCAAUGUCUUAAGAAAUGUUCGACACCGAAAUCUUGUGAAGAUCUUAACAUGUUGCUCCAGUAUCAAUUAUAAUGGCGAUGAAUUUAAAGCUCUUAUAUUUGAAUUCAUGACAAAUGGGAACUUAGAUAUGUGGCUACAUCCAAGGACUGAUUGUGAAAAUCAAUCAAAAAAUUUGAGCUUCCUUCAAAGAAUAAUUAUUGCAAUUGAUGUGGCUUCUGCAUUAAAUUAUAUACACAAUCAUUGUCAGCAACAAAUCAUACAUUGUGAUUUAAAGCCAAGCAAUAUUCUUCUUGAUAGUGAGAUGAUUGCUCAUGUAAGCGACUUUGGUCUAGCAAGACUCCUCACAAGCACCAAUGAUUCUUCCCAGAAGUGUACUAGUACAAUUGGGUUAAAAGGAUCUAUCGGCUAUGUUGCUCCAGAGUAUGGCAUGGGUAGUGAGCCAUCGACUGAGGGGGAUGUAUAUAGCUACGGAGUUCUUGUGCUGGAAAUGUUUACAGGAAGGAUGCCCACUGAUGAUAUGUUUAAAGAUGGUUUGAAUCUCCAUAAUUUUGUUAAGAUGGCAUUGCCAAAAAGACUUGCUCAAGUUGUUGACCCAAUGCUUUUGCCAAGAGAAGUUGAAGAAUUGGAAGCUGCAACUACAGUAAUGAUGGCAAUAGAAAAAGAUGACAAUGAUAAUGAAAUUGAAGUAGAAGAAGCUAAUUAUAUUGAGGAUUCUAAGCAUAUUGAUGUUGACAUGCAAAAGUGCUUACUCUCAAUUCUUAACAUUGGAAUUUUAUGUUCAUUGGAAUCCCCGAAAGAGAGAAUGAGUAUGGAGGAAGUCAUUAAGGAACUGCAGUUGAUAAAAAGUGCUUUCGUUAGUUUGGGGAUCCGCAGAGGCAAACCAAGUAGAGCUCAACAAUCUGUUUGCAUAUCUGAGAAGUCUUGUCUUGUUGAAACAAAGAAUGACAAGUUAGUUGAUGAAGAGUUUCUAGCUGUAUGCUUGACUUCUGGAAAAGAUGAUGGUCACCCAAAUAGAAGACUAGCUGAUUUUGUCUUGCAUGAUGAAAAUGGUGUCCUGCAGCUCCUUGAGAUGUUGGAAUUUGAUGACAUGUUUAUCUUUGGUCUUAUAUUGCCUCUUAAAGAAGGAUCAGACAAAGAAAAGGAAAAGUAA